UGUAAUCACGCGCACCUGUUGCAGAGAACCUGCGCUGGGUUUGUAAAUAAGUUUGUAGGUGCACUGGAUUGUAAAGCCUGUAGGCGUUUGGGAGCCUUUUUUUUAAUCCUCUGCACCAAAAAGAAGCAAAUCAAGCUGAAGACCAGGCUGGUGGAUGGAUAGAUAGAUAGAUAGAUAGAUAGAUAGAUAGAUGGAUGGAUGGAUGGAUUAAUGCAUUAAAGAACUUCAUGGUGCAGGAGAACACAAGAGCACCAAUCUGAUCUCAUGCAGAGAUUUAGAGGCGGACUGUUCAGUGUACAUCAGUGUGUGGAGAGAGAGAGAGAGAGAGCAGAAAACACACACACGAGCAGGAGGUGGAGGAGAAGUCGGGGUUUGGUUCUGUGCAGAGGAGGAGAAAGAGCAGGAUGAGAUUUUGAGAGUGGAGAAGCUUUUAUCAAGGUCCUGAAUGGAGAACAAGGCCAUGUAUCUGAGCACGUAUGAGGAGCGAGACAAUGGCUCGUUUUAUGAGGAGGGCUACGAUGGACGGAACCUGUCCAAACUCAACCUCUGUGAAGAAGCGAGUUCUGGAAAGCGGCGGAGGAAAACGGACAGCUGCUGCGGCCACUUGGACUCUCUGUCCGCCAUCAAAUAUGCCAUCGUUUCCCUCUACAUCCUGGUCUUGCUGAGUAUAUUCGGCCUCUGCAUCGCAGUUUCCAGGUCCCAGGCGUCAUCGGAGAAGCAGGAGGCUCUUCUGGAGAAUGUGACGCGUCUGGGAGAUCGCUCUGAAGCUCUGCAGGAGUCUCUCGGCCAGCUGCCUUCCCAAAGCGACCUGCUGGAGAACAUCUGGAAGCUGGAGCGCCUCUUCCACAACCACAGCGAAGAGCUGAGGCAGCUAGGACGCCUGGUGCAGGGUCUGGAGCGGGACAUCCGCGAUCUGCAGGCGUUUAGCGAACAUGCCACGGGCUCUAUGGCCCAGAUGGAGGAGCAGGUGGGAAGUAGCCGGAGAAACAGCAGCGCUCUAGGAGCAGCUCUGGCCCGAGCCACCGCCUCCAUCCACAGUCAGGAUGCUGCACUGCGUGAGACGGUGGGUCGAGUGGACAUCCUUCGCCAGAAAUUGGACGAGGUGGACUGGACCAUGGGCUCCAUCAACCACUCGCUCAGCAGCCACGUCAGCACCCAGUGGCUGCAGAUGGAGCUGCUUCAGGUGCAGCUGGGCAACGUAACCCAGGACGCCAGGAGUGCCAAGAUCAUGCAGAUCCAUCUGGAGGAGCAGAUGAGGAACGAGCUCGAGAUUCUCAACGUCAUCACUGAGGACCUGAGGCUCAAAGACUGGGAGCACUCCAUGGCCCUGAAGAACAUCACCAUCAUCGAAGGCCCACCAGGACCAAAAGGUGAGAAGGGAGACGUGGGGCCUUUAGGGCCUGCUGGAAUCCCUGGCCUGACGGGCUUUAGAGGUAUACCAGGAGAAAAAGGCAUCCAGGGCUCACAAGGACUUAGUGGUGUCGAUGGCCAAAAUGGGGAGAAAGGAGACACUGGACCAAUGGGACCCAAAGGCCAGAGAGGAGAACGAGGACCCAAAGGAGAGAAAGGGGACCGAGGGGACCAAGGAGGCAAGACAGUGGAAAACAUUCUGGUGCGUUUGGUGAACGGCUCAGGGGCACACGAAGGCCGGGUGGAGGUGUUUCACGAGGGCCGCUGGGGGACGGUGUGUGACGACGUGUGGGAUAAGAAGGACGGGGACGUGGUGUGCAGGAUGCUGGGAUUCCGCGGAGCACGAGAGGUUCACAAAACCAGACGGUUCGGACAAGGUACGGGGCUGAUCUGGAUGGAUGACGUGGCGUGUAUCGGCACCGAGGACACCAUCCACCAGUGCAAGUUCUCCGGCUGGGGCAAAACCAACUGCGGUCACGUCGAGGACGCCGGCGUGACGUGCAACACUUAACCCUCCCCCCUGCCCCCUCCCCAUUGUUUCUGCUGAAUGGGGCUUCUUAACAUUCAGGACUGCAGCGCAGCAGCUGAUUGGCUGAGAGAGUUACGCAGAAGAAGCUGUCCCUCUCCGGGCCACCGUAAAAAGACAAGAGAAUCCGUUUGGGCCUCAUUUUCAGCAGGGAGGUGUUGGGGAUUCGUCCAGCUUCCACAGAGCCAACGGGGACUGACGCCAGACAAACAACCAGGCUGGUACACGUACAGCCUUUAGUAAAAAGGACUGGAUUUACAUCCUAAAGCCUGUUGCCUUUUACUUAUGAAAAAAAAAAAACAGUAACAGAUUUUAUAGUAGCGCACUUUUAUUACCGUCUUUUCCUAGUGACCUCAUAUUUGACGAAGCACAGCCAAAUCCACUCCUCUGCUUAAAAAUGUAGGCUGGGAACAGGAAGUGUGUAUGAACUGCAGCAGUAUUAACAGAUAGAGUAUCUGUACCAUAUGCCAUAAAGGGAAGAGAGUCACGCUGGUUUACUUGAAGUUCAGUACUUUGUGCCUUUGAUAUUUCCUAGUCAGUAUUCGCUCAUCAGCAUCGCGCUCUGCCUCACACACACACACACACACACACACACAAACCUCUUUUCGAGUGUCUUCACUGGAAGACGAGUAACCCAAUUCAGUGUUGAUUGCAGACUUUAUAGCAGGGAGGAAAUUUCUGGAAAUCUUCCCGCCUGCAUGUUUUCGUGCCAAAUCCCGUCUGGCUCAUCUGGCUUGAGUACUGAGACACUCGUACGGGGCUUGAUUAGUUAGAGUAGGACUGGAACGAAACCUCUCAUUAGGGCACAUCUCCAGGCAUCAGGGUGGGAUAAUGGCUUACAUUUCAUCAUGCACAUCCUCAGGCUUAAGGGGAAAAAAAAAAAUCUCUCUCUUAUACAGUUUGUUUCUUUAUCGCAAAUGUAGCAGAUCAGCCCAGAUAUGUUUGGUGUCCGAAGUCAGCUCUUUUAGUUUUGUACUUUAGCAACAACACUAACACAUGUAGCUAACAUCACACACACUCACCUAAGAGAUAUUCUCAUAACACCUUUUCUCCUUUAGCACAUCCUCAGCUUCUUUAAAAGCAGAAUAAGUUAAUAUUUAAUAACAAAAAUGAAACUGGAGCUAUAUUCCCUAAAUCACUAAUGUUCACAUUUUAGGCCACGCCCCCUAGCCGAGAUAAUAAAAUGAGUGUGUAAGUGAUGUAGGAUUUAGGCAUAUAGUUUAAAUGGUAGCUACAAGAUUCUCAGCUCAGGACUUAAACAAAAACAAACCACCCUGCGUUCACACUGACAAAGUGACAUUGAGACAUUUUCCGCGUCUCUACCUGCGUGACACAGAGCCGUGAUUUCAGCCACAUCUGAAUUUAGAUUUUCUCAAUUCUAUGCAAAUUAGGAAUGCUGUAAAGCGACAAAUCCAAACAUCUAGCUCGAACGAUUCCUCGGUUCCUCAGUCGCAACAUUAGAUCCUACCUAUAUUCCUACCUGUCAAAUGUUUAACCAUGGCGUCGUCUUAUCCUGUCAUAAACAACCUUUCAUUAAGCAUGUAUAGAGACUUUACCACUAAAAAGAAAGCUAUUACAGUUAGCUUGCUUUGCUAAUCUGUGCACGAAGCUAGUAAUAUGUAAAUCAAACAGCCAGUGAUUCACGCUGAUUAAACUCGCACCAUUUAAUUUGUAUUUAGCUAGUUAGCUUUAGAAGCUGUAUAUAGCUACUACUACCAUUUCUCAUCUGAUGUAAACAAACAAAAAUAAAAAACGCUGGCCAUGCCACGCCCACAGGAGACAUUGCAACUCUAAACGACAUGAGCGACUUGUCACUAGAGUGAACAUCAGAUCAGACAGCAAACAUAUGAUUCUGGUCAACUGACUACAUAAAUUCAGUAUAAGGAACAAAUCUGUGUUUCAGUUUUCACUGAUUUAUCACGCUGAUGUCUAUUUGAGAUGAACGUAUCUGUACACGCGUAUCUGAUGAUCUCUGAUGAUGUUUUUUUUUUAAGAGCAAUGUGUGUGAUGUAACAGUCGCACAAGAGCGAGUGAAUAGGUUUUGACUGCUCGAGUUUCAACACUCACCUCACGUUUCCUUAAGUGCCUCUUUCCACAUCAGGCUGACUGAAGCCGAUAAUCAUCCACCAAAGACGACACACACCUCUGAGCCGAGCGUUUGUCUGCAGCGUCUCUCGCACAACCACCUACAGAGACAAACAAGCCUCUCACACACUUAGAACUUCUCCUGUUUCCUUAAACUUCUUAAAGUUAUUUUUAUACUCUUACCUCAAACAUUUUUUAAACACAUUGAUAAAUUAUCAUACUUUUGUACUAUAAGAUGCAAAUCCUAAAAUCCUUUCUGGUUAAAGAAACAUAAUUAACGUCUUGCAGUUUGGGAAAACCUGCCAUUAAAAAAAGAAAAAAAAAAAGAUGAAAAAACAUUUUUUUGGUCAAAAUUGGGUUUUCCGCUAAUAAUGUAACGGCACCUCAACUUUAAGAAAUGCUUAUAUUUACUUUUUUGAUCUCGUCUUAGUGUUUUUUUU